AUUAAUUCAUUAUAAUAAUUGUGCCGGUGCGAGUGCCGCAAGUUGUGUCUGUGCUGUUUUACUCUAGUGUCGUGAAGUCGUGCUUGUAUCGUCGUCUGUCUUGUUAGGUUAGCACAGCACCGCGGUAUUGUAGUGGGUUGUUCACGGAUUCGCGUCGGAUGUGUAAGUAGUAUUUUCAUCAAAAACAUGUUGUCGAUUGCCAGUUCAUUCGAAAGCAUCCACAAGAGACAAAUUCUUUCAACGGAUAUUGAUUAUUACAACAAAUAUGUAUGUACUAGUUCUGCAGAUGGUGUUAUUCAAAUUAUUGAUAGUGAUAAUCCAGACUUAUAUUCAACUGUACAAUUACAAGAACAUGUUGGGCCUGUAUGGCAAGUGAUGUUUUCACAUCCAAAAUUUGGAUUUUUAGCUUCGUGUGGAUCAGAUUGUAAAUUAAUUAUACGUAAAACUAAUUAUGAAGGUGAUUGGAAGGUUGUUUAUCAAUAUGACGGGCACAAAUCAUCAACAACUUCUAUAGAUUGGGCGCCAUAUAAAUCUGGAGCUAUCAUAGCUUGUUCAAGUGCUGAUGGAAGUAUUUCAAUACAUACUUUAAAUAAUAAUGAAUGGUCUGUAUCAAAGAUUCCGUAUGCUCAUUCAAAUGGCGUUAACUGCAUCAGUUGGUCCAACGAAUUAUUAAAUAAUAAUUUGCUAUUAGUUAGCGGAGGAAAUGAUAAUAAAAUCAAAAUAUGGGAAGGUCAAAUAGGUUUAUGGAAUGUUAUAUAUGAAUCAGACAAUCAAUUAUCUACUAUCAAAGACUUAAGUUGGAGUCCAACUCCUGGUCUGUACAAAUAUGUGUUUGCUAGCUGUGCCUCGAAUGGUAGAGUAUUUGUAUGGGGGAGUGAUGAUUAUCGUGAUUGGGUACAAACAGAAAUUGAUCCAGAAAACUUGCAAAAACAAAAAAUUAGUUUUUCUCGUUUUGGAACUGUGUUGUCUGUUACAAUGAACAGUUAUGCUGUACAACUUUGGAAACAGAUUGAUAAACAAACUUGGUUAUGUAUGGACAGGAGUAUUUCAGACAAAAAAACAUUGGAUCGUCAACACAAAAAUAUUAAUCAAGAUAUAUUUGCUUCUAUUGUUUAGUGGAUUGUAUUUUUAAUACAUUAAUUUAUAUUUGAAAAUGAAUACAAUUUAAACAUUAUUCUUGACGUAAUUCACUAUGACUGCUGUUUUUGUUUUGUUAAAAAAAUUAUAAUUUUGUAUUCAGUAAUAAAAUAAUAUUUUGAACAAA